AUGGGCGCGCUGCCUCCAAUACGUCCAGAAAACGUGCAUAAACGGGCUCAGGAACUCAUCGGAGUCGGCCAGCAGCAGGCUGCCCUCUCCCUUCUUCACGAACAUGUGACCUCCAAGAGGACCCGGAACAGCACCAUCGCGGCCUUGGAGCCGGUGAUGCUGCUGUUUGUAGAGCUUUGUGUGGAUCUCAAGAAAGGAAAGUCUGCCAAGGAUGGCUUGUACAACUACAAGAACACAAGCCAGAACACAAAUGUCGCCACCAUCGAACUUGUCUUCAGGAGGUUCAUCGAGCUUGCGGAGCAGAAAGUGAAGGAGGCUCAGAAGAAAGCGGAUGAGGUGUCCGGCAAGGAUGAAUCAAAGGAAGGCGGUGAUGUCGAUGCGUCACUGGCCAAUGUUGGAGACUUGGAGGCCAUGGAAACGCCCGAGUCUAUUCUGCUUUCUACCGUGUCCGGCGAGCAGUCAAAGGACAGGACUGAUCGCGCGAUUGUUACGCCAUGGCUCAAGUUCUUGUGGGAGGCGUACCGGACCGUUCUCGAUGUCUUCAAAAACAAUGCUCGCUUAGAGGUCAUGUAUCAGACCACGGCUCAUCAAGCUUUCGACUUCUGCAAGCGGUACACGCGUAAGACGGAGUUCAGGCGACUUUGUGAGCUUCUUCGUAACCACUUGCAGAACGCUGCCAAGUACUCGCAACAGGUACAUGCCAUCAACCUCAGCGACCCAGAGACUCUGCAGCGCCACCUGGACACUCGCUUCGAGCAGCUCAAUGUGGCUGUUGAGCUUGAGCUGUGGCAAGAGGCGUUCAAGAGUGUCGAAGAUAUUCACACUUUGCUCAGCUUGUCGAAAAGGCAACCAAAGAACUCGAUGAUGGCGACGUACUUUGAGCGUCUAACGCGGAUCUUCCUGGUCAGCGAGAACUACUUGUUCCAUGCGGCAGCUUGGAGUCGCUACUACAAUUUGCUCAACAUGUCUGCACGUGCUGUGGCGGCUGGUGCACCCAAGAAGGACAACCCGAGCAACGUUGCGGAUGCGGACCUGUCCAAGGCAGCUACAUUUGUCCUGCUCUCCGCACUGUCGAUCCCGGUUAUAAGCACGUCACGCUCUCGCGGCGCGCUUAUCGACGUGGACACUGCCCGCAACACCAAGAAUGCACGCCUUACCCACCUACUCGGGAUGAACGUCGCGCCAAGUCGUGCAAGCUUGUUCAAAGACGUCCUCAACAGGGACAUUCUGCACCGUGCGCGUCCUGAGAUCCGCGAUUUAUACAAUAUCCUGGAAACCGACUUCCAUCCCAAGUCGAUCUGCGAGAAGGUGUCUCCUGUGCUAUCUCAGAUUGGCGCCGACGAGGAGCUGCAGAAGUACAUUGUGCCCCUCCAGCAGGUCAUCUUGACACGUCUUUUCCAGCAGUUGUCCCAGGUCUACACCGACGUCAAGUUGGAAGACGUGUUAGCCCUUGCGCAGUUUCCGGACCCAUUCCAGGUCACCGCUGCAACUAUCGAGAAGUUCAUCAUGAACGGCUGCAAAAAAGGCGAUUUGUCUAUCCGUAUCGAUCAUUCGACCGGCAUCCUCACUUUUGACUCUGACGUCUUCUCUUCGUCCAAGGCGGUCCACUCUGGAUCCGCAGCUGGUUCGGCCGAAACUGAAGUCGGCUCGGUGCAGCGCUUGCAGAGCACUCCAUCGGAGAUUGUUCGGUCCCAGCUGUCCCGCUUGUCCAAGGCCUUGUAUCUGGCCGUACAGUACGUGGACCCAUCCUUCAACGAGGACCGCUACAAGGCCAAGCUCGCAGCUCUGAAGCGGGCGGAAGCUGGUGCAGAACAGGAGCACCAGGACUUACUAGCACGACGUGAGGUCAUCCAGAAGAAGAAGGAGUCAGCUGCCACGGCCCAAGCUGCUCGUCUGCGUGAAGAAGAGCAGCGCAAGAAGGUUCGGCAGCAGGAAUUGCUAGCUGCCGAGAGCGAGCGUUUGGCUCAGGAAGCCAAGGACCGCGAUGAGCGCAGGGUUCAAGCCGAGCGGAAGCGUGUACAGCGUGAAGAGACAGAGAAACAGCUCAAUGAGUUGAAGAAGGGCGUCAAGGGCGUUGAUGUGUCCAACAUCGAUAUCGAUGACUUGGACACCAACCGCAUUCGGAUGCUGAAACUGCAGGCUUUGGAGCGCGAGAAGAACGAGCUCAAUGAUAAGCUUCGAGUCACUGGCAAGCGUAUCGACCAUCUGGAGCGCGCCUACCGUCGCGAGGAGAUCAAGCAUUUGGCGGAAGACUACGCUGCGCAGAGGGACCAGGACCUCAAAGCGUACGAGCUGAGCAAAGAAGAAACGCUACGGGAAGCGGAGCAGAAGCACAAAGAAGAUGUUUCGCUUAAGCACCGCCUUAGUAGGCUCGUCACGCCGUAUGAAAAGUUUAAACGGGACAUCACUGAACAGCGCCAUGCCGAGUUCGAGAAGCGGAACAGAGAAGCCCAGAAGGAGCUCAACAGGAAGAUGGAUCAGCGUAGGCAGGAGAUCCGCGCGCAGAAGGCCGCGGAGAAGCGUCGUCUCGAAGAAGAGGAGCGCCAGCGGCGCGAGGAAGAAGAAAGACAGGCUAGAGAGGAGGAAGAGGCGGAGCGUGCUGCGGAGGAGAAGCGGCGCAAGGAUGCUGAGGCAAAGGCCGAGGCUGAGCAACGCAGGGCCGAGCGUGCCGAAGCAGCAAGGAAGCAGAUGGAGCGCGAGGAGGAGGCGGAGAGGAGACGGUUGGAGCGGAAGCAGGGUGGCGCUGCUGCUGCUGCUCCGUCCAGAGGCUUCGAUCGUGCGUCAGAGCGAGAGAAGCCGUCAUUCGACAGUGCCCGGAGGGCUGCACCAACCGAGGAGCAGCCCACCGAAGCUCGUGGUGGCCCACCGAGACUGGCACUCGCAGGCAACAAGCCAAGCUGGCGUGAGCGCGAGGCUAUGAAAGCUCGUGGCGAGUUGCCACCGGACGUUUCUAGUCCACCGGCUGCACCACCGGUUGAUGAACGCGUGACGACGGAAGAGACAGCCUUGCCGAAGAAGACGGGCUACGUUCCACCCCACCUCCGCGGCAAAGCGCCAGCUGCUGACGCGACGCCGCCACCGCCGGCUGAGGCCGCGAGAGAUACAUCUGAUAGAUGGGCUCCGAGGUCACGACAGGGUGCGGAUGGGGAAGGCGAGAAGAGCGAGAGGUGGGCUCCACGGCCGAGGCAGGGUGCAGAUGGGGAGGGUGAGAAGACCGAGAGAUGGGCUCCGAGGCCGAGGCAGGGUGCGGAUGCGGAGAGCAAGAGUCCUGCUCCUCCGGCCAGCAGCGGUGGUGCCUACCGUCCGCCGGGCGGCCGGACUGGCGGUGCCAGUGGUGGAGCGUACCGACCUCCAGGGGCAAGGUAAGGGGGCAAGGGAAGGUUAUGGGGUGUU